AUGCGCGCCGCCCGCUUCCACGCCGCAAGAGACAUCCGCGUCGAGGAUAUCCCCGCACCACGACCAGGCGAUGAUGACGAUAAAGUCCUCAUCGAGGUUGAAUGGUGUGGAAUAUGCGGGAGUGAUUUGGGCGAGUAUCUUUCUGGCCCAUACACAAUCCCCUCCCUUAAAACCGGCCCACACCCUCUGACAAAGUCCACCCUCCCCAUAACAAUGGGCCACGAGUUCACCGGCCGAAUUACGCACGUCCCGACUACUCUCGAGCAACAGAGGUCAGGAAACGACAUCCCACUGCGAAGGGGCCAAGCAGUCGUCGUCGACCCGCGCUUCUUCUGCACAUCGUGCAACGCCUGCUCGCAGUCUGCAACGAAUUGCUGCAAUACGAUUGGGUUCUUGGGACUUUCGGGGGGUGGGGGUGGGUUGGCGGAGGUUGUUGCUGUGCGGCCGGGGCAGGUUUAUGUUCUUGAGUCGGCUGAUGGUGGGAAUCGGGCUGGGAGAGAGGUGGAUCUUGCGGCUGCAGCGCUGAUUGAGCCGCUUGCUGUUGCGUGGCAUGGGUUUAAGCUGUUUCUCUCGACGCAGAGUGGCCUGGAGGUCACCGCCACCACCGCCCUGAUUAUCGGGGCCGGGCCUGUCGGCGUCGCUAUGGCCUUUGUUCUUCGAGCUUGGGGUGUGUUGAGCGUCUUCGUAUCUGAGCCAGCCAAGGCGCGGAGAGAAACGCUACGAAGCAUGGAAGUUGCUACAAAGACCUUCGAUCCGAUAACAGACAACGUCAGUGAACGAUGCAGGACAGCUACACCCGAUGGACUGGGCGUCGACGUUGUCUUUGACUGCGCGGGAUCGCAGCCUGGGUUCCAGGCCGGCUGCGAGAGUCUGAGGUUUCGGGGGAUGUAUGUUAAUCUUGCAGUGCCGAGGACGCCGAUCACGAUUCCUCUAGGACCCUUCAUGCAAAAGGAGCUGACCUACAAGUCGUCUCUGGCGUAUGAUGAAGGGGACUUUCGGGAGACGGUAAAUGCGUUCAGAGAGGGACGCUUCGCUGGUGUAGAACGCAUGAUAACCGGCCGUAUUGCGCUAGAGGAUAUACACGGAAAGGGCUUUGAGGAGCUUGUCAAGCCGAAUGAUCAUCUCAAGAUUCUGGCUAGCCCUAAGUCUUAA